AUGGCUGGCCUAACACCGUCGCAGUUCUCAGAGCUCUUUGAUCGCACUCUUCACGCAAAGGACGCCGCGGAAGCGCAGCGAGAUGCCCUGCUUCACAGCGUCGUUCACGCGAACACCAACUUCGCAGCAGCAUCGGCCGAAGUCGCCCACCUCAGAACACUGUUGCACCAAGCGAAUGCCGCACUCACUCGUGAGCGCGCUGAUCAUGAUGAUACCAUGCGCGAGUAUGUCGUCGUUCGUGAAAAACUGAGCAAAAUAGCGAGCGGAUGGACGUCAUCCAUGUCCGGCUUGGGUACGUGCUGCAUGUGCGAUGCACCAGCGAUGUCCUACAUCGUUCCUUGUGGUCACUUGCUAUGUCGCGACGGCCACGACUACUGCAUCUGCGACUGCGGCUCGUUUCUCGCCGAAGUGGGCGCAUGCUCCAACCAUGUGGCCAAGCGGCGUUGCCCUUCCACCAGCUGUCACUUCCUCGUAGAGACCAUCCGUCACUACACUAAUCCUGCGCUUGAUCUCGUCAGCUCCAAACACUUCUUGAUGACAGACGCCGAGGAUUACUGUACGAACACAGUGGACUACACGGAUUCCAUCCAAGAAGCUCUUCAUCGCGCGAAUAGACAAAUAAAACGAAAAUGGACGACCGGCAUCAUGAAGAGCUGGCAUGGUACAGAUCCGACGUCCACUGCACCGAACGUCGAGUACUCCGACCCAAAAGCAGCCGCGAGAGCGGCGAAGCAUAAAAGGCGUAAGAAGGAAGCUGCCGACCAGAAAGCCAAGGGCGCCUUCGCACAAACCACACGCCAAAAAAUCGGUGUGGACGGAACGAGCACCCUACACGCUAAGAGCGUCAGUACGAACCAACAACCAUUCAACACCGGAUGGAGGAGGUUUGGUCCACAAGGACAAGAUAUAUCAGGAUACACACCGCACUAUCCCGACGUUCCUACUAUUCAUUGGCCAACUGGUCUGAUAUCAAUCGCGCCAUUCUUGCCAGACGAAGGAGAGGCGGAUGUCGCUCGGAACAAGCUCGCGUGGUACUGGGGACAAGAUCCUGUCCAUGGUGUUGUCGGCGCCAACGUACACAGCCUACGCGAAUUCCAAGACGCAGCCAUUAGAGAAUCCAAUGACUUACACCCUUACGUCGCGGCGACUCUAGUCGACUUCAAGUCUUGGCUAAAGACACCAGGAAAGAUUCGAUGCAUACUCGAUCUAACAUGCGGGUUUCCUCAACCGGACAGGAUCACAGAACGGAUCGCGGACAACCUCGUACAAUCCCUUGCGAGCGACUUCGGUCACAAGUACGGUGGGCAUUUCACCAUUGUCGCCGACAUGAUGAAGACGCAAGACUGGUUCUUGCUGCAUACUUCCGGCUUCCUUUCCUUCGGACAUAUAGAUGCCAGCGGCAUGGCGACGUCUGCUCAGAUACGGGGCGCUGGUUUGAAGGAAUGGAUCAUAUUCUCAAGCACGAACAUGCCGCGUGCGGAUGUCACGACCACGCGCGAUGAAAGGAAGACACGUCAGGAAGUGCUGGUUCGUCGCGUCGCUGAUCUCGUAUCUGCGGCAAGCACUUGCUCGCUCAUGCCCCAACGACUAUCUGGCGCGGACGAGUCACAGGAGUCACAUGAAUGGGAAGUCGAUGGAUGCGUCUUGGAAUUACACCCCGGUAUGAAGUACUAUCAGCCAGCGGCUACGGUUCACGCCGCGUAUACACCCGUUCCAACAGCAGCAGCUGGCAAGCACUUCUUCACGUACGACGAUCUUCAUCGCGUCGAAAUGGGGCGUCGCGUUCAGCAGUUCAGACCCGGAGUAACAAAUCACAACCACAACUGUGGCGUGCAACUGAUGUUAAUCUCUCUCGCCGCCGCGCUACCUGCCAGGGCGGCUGCGGGACGACACUACAUGGCAAAACCGGACGAUCUGCACAAAGUCGCGCGAGAACGAGCGAAACCGAGCAGAAAAACGAAGGAGAGCGGAGAACGAGCAAAGCAGCGAUGGGAAGAUACAGAAAGGAAGAAGAACGAAAACUCGGAGCGCGAAGCGGAAUACACAAUGACCAUGCGCUUGAUAGACGAAGAAUGGGCGGACAAAGGCACAGCGUUUGACCGCCUGGCUUACACAGUUGCGUCGCGCAUCUUGUACGCUUGCAAAACAGAAUAUGCAGGAGACGAUAAGCCCUCUCUUCCGGGACCGGAGUAUAUUCUCGACGGAGAGAGCUGGAACGACCCAGGACCGGUUCUCGACGUCGGACAGUUCACAGACGACCUAAUCUACACGCACGUCGAUGAAAUUCGCGGCAUCGAGCAUCGUGAAGCAUCACGACGUCGCAAGCAACGCCGACGUGAGCAGAAGGGCAAUCCGUUGUUGGAGAAGGCAGCUGGUGAUGCGAGCAGGAGCACAGACGGAGAUGAGUUCUAUCCACCACUGUAG